AUGGAAGAUAUUAAAGCACAGCUUGAUGCCAUAGAAUGGGACCAAAGCAGUAUGACAGCCAAUGAAUAUAUUCUUAAACAAAUUGUUGAGCAACUUUUAUUGUUGCAUGUUGAAGAAACAAAAGAAAUUAUGGAAUUGAGACAGAAACUAGUCGAAUGUUACAAACGAAAUGGAACUGGAGAUGGUCAGCAAAAUCAAAACAUUACACCAGAAUUACAAGAUUUCGAUCCCAACAGCAUUUAUAAAAAUUUGAGGCAAAUUCAAGAAAUGAUCAGGCAGUUAAGAGAAGAAAGAGAAAACUCUGAAAAAGCCGCUAAAGAAGCUAUUAAUACUAUUACUCAAGAAAACACGUCAUUAAAAGAAGAACUAAAUGAAUUAUACGCAAAGUAUGUAAAUCCUCGAUCAUAUAGUUCAAUUUCUAUAUCGCCUACCCAAAGCCCAGUUAAAGGCAGUUAUUCUAAGUCACCAAAAUAA